ACGUUAACUGUCACUGGGAUGUAGGGAAAUCCCUAAUGAAUUUGGCAUGAAAAAACACCAUGUAGGUCUACACGUCAGUGUUAAAGUUGACGGUGAGUCGGGAGCGGGUUAAAGUGAGCUACAGCUCAGUGACUGCUGUUGGAGGAAGCUGACGUGUUUGUGGUAUUAUUGGACUACGUUAGCUAAAUCCUAGAAAAGCACAGUGGUAAGGACUGAUCCUAACACCAUGACGGAUAAUAAAGAACCAGCGGGACUCUACAGUGGAGUCCGGGAAUUUAUCGCGGCUGCUAGUGGGAGUGGAACUUAGCUAUAAAAUAUUUCCUUGUGGGGCUGCUGUACGGUUUAAGACAUAGUUUGGAAUGGGACGGGCGAGCCUUGAGGAUGGGGCGGACUGUUCUGAAAGGGAUACGUGUUUUUUUUAAGCCCCAUGAAUUACGCUAUCAGAGGUGGAAGGUGUAUUUUUCCACAUCAGGUAGACACGUAUAAUGCUCUACACAGAGAUGUUGGAUGUCCAUGUACGUCAGCACCUCCCCAGACAACGGCAGCAUUCAUACAUUUCCACUCCAUUCACCGCAGAGCUCAACUGAUCGGAGGGUGAGAAGCAAUGGCUCUGAAGUCAAGGAGACCGUGGACGACCGUGAUUUUCGGUGUCUUUCUCGGGUUCACCGCGUCCUCCUGGCUCAUCGUGCCUCAGGUUCUGGAAAGUAAAGGGAAGAAAUCUCCCAUGUGUCUGUACUACAGUGACUCCUCUGUCGGUAAAGGUCCCGCUAACCCCGGGAACACCGCGGCUCUCAAAGACCGGGACAGCCCGCACUUGAGUCAGGAGGAGGACAGGUUGUUCAGUACAGGGAACAGUAGCGGAGACACCGGGACACCGGUAAGCAAACCGAAGCAUUUCCUCUAUGUAGGUGUGAUGACAGCGAAAAAAUAUGUACAAACUCGCGCCGUGGCUGCGUACAGGACCUGGGUGAGCUCUAUACCUGGGAAGGUGGAGUUCUUCUCGAGCGAUGGUUCGGACACCGUCCACGUGCCCGUCCCCGUCCCGGUGGUUUCGCUGGCAGGUGUGGACGACUCGUACCCGCCACAGAAGAAGUCAUUCAUGAUGCUCAAGUACAUCCACGACCACUACCUGGAUAAAUAUGAGUGGUUCAUGCGGGCUGAUGAUGAUGUUUAUAUAAGAGGUGAGAAGCUGGAGGUGUUCCUGCGGUCACUGAACAGCAGUAAGCCCCUUUACCUGGGACAGACAGGCCUGGGCAUGGCUGAGGAGUUGGGCAGAUUGGCCCUCGAACCUGGAGAGAACUUCUGCAUGGGCGGCCCAGGGAUGAUCUUUAGCAGAGAAGUUUUACGCAGGAUGGUUCCUCACAUCAGUACCUGUCUGAGGGAGAUGUACACCACCCAUGAAGAUGUGGAAGUUGGCCGCUGUGUGCGGCGAUUUGGAGGAACACAGUGUGUGUGGUCAUAUGAGAUGCAGCAGCUCUUCUAUGAGAACUAUGAACACAACAAGAAAGGUUUCAUCGAAGAGCUUCACAGUAGCAAGAUCCACAAUGCCAUUACACUUCACCCCAAUAAAAAGCCUGCCUACCAGUACCGCCUCCACAGCUACAUGCUGAGCCGUGAGAUCUCCAGGCUUUGUUACCAAACCCUUCUGCUCCACCGCGAAGGCCUGAUCAUGAGUUACCUCAGUGAUACAGAAAUACUGUGGGAGGACCAACAGCUGGGGUCCCCACCUUCCUACAUGCGCUAUAAGCCCAGUGAGAGAAAUGAUGUAAUUGAGUGGGAUUUCCUGACUGGCCGUCAUGUUUAUUCUGCUGCUGAGAACAAGAUUGCUAGGCAAAGCCUUGGGAACUUGCUUCGGACUGCACUGGAAGACAUUAUCCUCCAGGUCAUGGAGAUGAUUAAUGAGAAUUCGAAAACGCGUGGCCGUGUAAUUGACUUUAAAGAGAUUCAAUAUGGCUACUACAGGGUGGAUCCAAUGCAUGGUGCAGAGUACAUCAUAGACUUACUGCUUCUGUACAAGAAACAUAAGGGACGCAAAAUUACAGUGCCUGUGAGGCGACAUGCUUACCUUCAGCAGUCCUUUAGCCGACCCUUCUUUACUGAAACUGAAGAGUUAGAUGUGGCUGAACUUGUGGCGUCCAUCAACUCUGAAUCCCAAUCCCUGUCUUUCCUUUCCAAUUCUCUGAGGUUCUUAUCACCUUUCCAGGUCUAUGAAUCAAACAGGGAAAUGUGGGAGCAAAGCCAGAGAAAGGUCAACAUCCUUGUACCCUUAUCUGGUCGCUAUGACACCUUUGUCCGCUUCAUGGAGAACUUUGAGAAAGUGUGUUUGAUACCCAAACAAAAUGUUAAGCUCUCUGUCAUUCUGAUGGAAAGUGGGAGCAAUCAGAGCAGAGGAAGACACAUGCAGUUAAUUAAAGACUACUACAGGAAGUAUCCCAAAGCUGACCUGUCCAUAAUCUCCAUGAUGGGCAACUUUUCCCGAGGACUGGCUCUUGAGCUGGGCUCAUCACAGCUUCAUAAUAACUCUCUGCUCUUCUUCUGUGAUGUGGAUCUAAUCUUUAGUGGUGAUGCCUUGCAGCGUUGCAGAGACAAUGCUGUCCAAGGGAGACAAGUCUAUUUUCCUGUUGUCUUUAGUCAGUACAACCCCAAGAUAGUGUAUUCUGAAAAGGCCCCAAGAGAAAACAAAUUUGUGCUGACCAAAAAAAGUGGUUUCUGGCGAGAUUAUGGAUUUGGAAUCAGCUGUGUUUUCAAGAGUGAUUUACUAAAAGCCGGAGGUUUUGACACCUCAAUCUUAGGCUGGGGAUUGGAGGACGUAGACCUGUAUACAAAAGUUAUUAAUUCUGGUUUGAAAGUGUUACGCAGUCAAGAACCAGGUAUUGUCCACAUUUAUCAUCCUGUCCACUGCAACUCAAGUCUUGAGCAGAAACAACACAAAAUGUGCCUUGGGUCAAGAGCGAGUACGUUUGCGUCGACGAUGCAGUUAGCAGAGCUAUGGCUGGAGAAACACAUAGAGGCUGGAUAUAACAGAACUUCAUCCUGACAUUCCAGCCCACCUGGAUUCCUCCAUACAAGUUUACCUCAGUUCUGCUUGAGUACAGACAGUGAUGGACUGUGUGUGUUGUAGCGUAACUGUGGAUCGCAGGUCUGUGUAGGCUGGAAAAUUUGACCCAGAAAGGACCCGAGACUCCAAAACGGAGACGGACUUAAUCUCCGAACUGACCUGACAGCAGGCGGGCCUUACAUCGUAGGGACCCAGAGGAAAUUGUACACAAUGGAGUCUAGGAUGGUUGUACCCAAUUUGUGGGUGGCUUGUGUAAAACAAGUGUCUGCUACCUUAUCCAGUUCCAAACCAGCUGGGAAAACCACUGACUAAAUACAAAUUGUCUGUUAGUUGGUACGUUGGACAUUGUACAGGUCACUACAGCAUUACAGAUUUAUUGAUUUAAUAUUUACUGUAACAAUUAUGCAAAUGUGAGCUUUGAGACCUCUAUUGUAUUUCCUUAAGGUUUGGGUCAGGGUUAACUGACUCUUACCUUUUUUAUUCCAUGUAUAAAUAACCAAGGAUACUUUGGAGAGUCGCAAACUUGGGAUUUAAAAAAAAAAAAAAUGACCCAAAGAACAAGCUACAUCACCCAAACUACCUGACGUGUGAUUUAAAUGUAAUAAUGGCAGGCUGAAAUCAAAGAAAAAAAAUUAUAUUAUUAUCAUAAUGUUAUUGUCAAUCAUAAGGAUGUUGAAGUGUUGCAGGUUUCAUUACGCAGCAGAAUCAUCUCCUGCAAUGCAGUUAACCAGUGAAAUGAAUAGUUUGUCACUUUGCUCUUCAUUAGUGAAGUGACUGUGGAAUGUGGAUGGCUGCUGUACUGUGAGCAGCAUCAUGUGCUGGGUGAUACAAUCUGUGUGUUUGUGAUUCUGUGUGUGAGGAACAGGGAGUUGGCCCACUUUAAUGCACUACCGUAAUCUACCAUAAUAUCCCAGUGAAUCUUAACAAAUUUCCUCCUGCAGACCUGAAGCUGAGGCUGUGUGGGUACCAUCUCUGUCAAAAUGAUUUCCUGUUGGGCUACUGUUCUAAUAUUAUUUAGCGUGUUGCUCAGUGUUUUUCUAAUUUACCCUCUCAAGUCUAGUUGUUUUCUCUCUGGCCUGUGGUAGCCAUCACUUGUUAAACUAUUUUUUCUUGAUGCCAAACCAUGUCAAGUCAGCAGCUCACUGCUGUCCUGACUGGGUUUUCUUCCAAUAAUUGAAAUGUAACUGUAGAGGACAGCUAACGUAAUGUUUACCAUGUGUAGAGCAGUUACCACAAUUAUGGCAUUUGCUUAAAUCCUUUCAAGCAAAUGCCCGAAGCUGUUCCCACAAAAGGUAAAAAGUUAUUAAAAGCUGUCGUUUCCACCAAGGUCCGCAUCUGUGAUGACAGCCAGGUGCUCCGAUAAAGACUUGCAGAAGUGCUAGCUAGCUUGUGGCUGCAGUCUGUAGCAAGAGAAUGGAAAUCACUUAAACAGCCAAAGAUUUAUACAUAGACAGUUUACCAGUCAUCUGAAGUUUGGUGGAAAUGUUUUUCCAGGCCAAGUUUUUCUUCUGGUUGUCCUCAUAAGUUGUUAGCACUGUAACUCCAGAUACCAACAUUAUCAUCUCCGCCAUCUUGUCUUCUUUCUGAUUCUGUAAUGCCUGCUAUUUAAUCAAGUAAAGCCAGACGACAACUACUGGAAGUUCAACACAGUAAACUCAGCGUGCUACAGCAAAAUCUGUGUGCCUGCACAUAGCUUGCAACUGCUUCAUACCUCAACCGCCUUGUUAGAAACCGCUUCCCCUUUGCCACCUUGCCCUCAUUGAAAUGACUGGAGGCAGGAAGUUGCUGCGCGGUAGUAUGGAAGGGUUUAAAAUCCCUAUUUUAUAGGUUUUCACAGUUUUCCUUUUCACAGUUAGCUCCCACAUUGUGUGAGUCACAAAUGUACUGUGCCCAUCCGUGUGCCCAUGGGUGCAUAUGUCUUAAAAUGAGGUAUGGUAAGGCUCAUUGUUGUGGGAUCUCUCCUCGAAUGCAUUCAGUUGUUCACAUGGUUGUUCACAGAGAUGAUAAGCUUCAAAAAUUGUCCUUCUAAUGCCACUGUUGGAAAAGUGCAGAAAAGUGCAGAGGGGGAGUGCAGGGCCCAGUCUCUGGACUUACCUGAUAUCACCUGGUAAUUGUUUGAAUGUGAGGGGCUACAAAGGUUCGAAAUGGUAUAAAUAGGAACAAGGCAACACUUUGCAGUGACACAUCACAUUACUUUGACAACACCAAAACAUCUUACACAUGGAAGUUAUGGGUUUAGGACUUUAUAUUUUAUGUUUUUUACUUUUUUCACGGCCAAGAUGUGAACAUACUCCAGACUCUUGUCUUGCAGAGUGAAAUAGAGGUAAUUAUCAAGAAAUCAAUUUCUUUGUUUUUCUUAAAACAGCACCAUUAAGCAAAAUCAAAAUAACUGGUUGGUGAAUAAACUAGGUGUGUAAUAUAGCCCAGCAGUUCCCAACUGGUCCAGCCACUGGGCCCAUUUAGAAUGGAUCUGUCUUUUGGACCGCAACCCACCAGUUGGGAACCACUGAUAUAGCCUAUGCCUGCACUCACAUACACAUAAAUCUGUGUUUCUGUGCAAAUACAGUACCACAUGCUGAAACCAUGCUGAAACGCCCAUAUGUCAGUCUGCCUUGCUUAUGUUUUUUUGUUUGUUUGUUUUCUUUGUUUUGUUUUUUUUAUUUUUCCAGACUUUCCCUAGUAACCCUGUGUUUUGCAGUGCUAUGAAUUGCGGAUAGUUCCCUCAGGCAAAGUCUGUAGAAAUGCAGACUUCAGGAAAAUGUGCAUGUAGGGUCUGCAGGAGAGUCUUCAUGCACUUAAGGUUUUGACAGCCCUAAGCCCUCAUGCACUUUGCGGGAACACACCUCAAAGUCCCUGAGUCUGUGAGUGUGGAGAUUGGGAUUGGGCCGAUGACAAUAAAGUUACAGGUACACCCAGACAACAUAAUAAAGCUUCAGUGAAGACAGCAGUUGCAUUAGGAUUGGCUGACUGAUGAUGCAGCAGGCCAUGUUAUCAAAAUGUUGGUACAUCUCUGGUCAUAUUGAGCCAAUCUAAAUUUUGGGCAGACCUGAUAGCAGUGGUGAUUUCAGUUUGACUGGACCUGGAAUGGAGAAUGGUUUGAGUUGGGUCAGGUACUCUGAUGGAAUGUUCCGAUAGCUAUAGUGUAGUAUCUGGUUUUUUUUUUUUUUGGUUUGUUUGUUUUGUGUGUGUGUAUGUGUGUGUGUGUGAGAGAGAGAGAUUCAAUUUUACACUGUUAUCUCCCAAAGGACAUCAUUGGGCCAAGCAAAGGUUUGCUUAGCCAUUACUUCAUGGCUUCUCCUGGACUGUAAUUAAUUGUUGUCAUCCUUUUCUUACUGCCGUAGUUAUUAUGACGUUUACACUUCUGCCUCAGGACCACAUUUUACCACCCAGUGCGUUGUAGCCUUUUGCUUUAACUGAUAUGGUGCCCACUGCCUAUUGUGUAUUUAAUGAAAAAGAACAAUCUGGUAAAUAAUAGUCGGAACAAAGAGGCUUUGAGUUAGCCUAGCUCCUACAGAAGGGUACUGCUGCCACCAUGACAAAACUUUUCCAUGAGUAAUAAUAUACUAACUGUACAGACACUUUUCUUGUUGUAACAAUUAUCCUAAUGAGAUAUUGAGCAAAUAUUUUUGCCCUGAGUGCAGCAGCUGUUUUCAGACCUCUUAAUCACAGUACACUCCUAUUUUUCAGCAAUACAAAAAGAUGAAUAAUAAAGUGAAAACUGUGAGUUGAGUGUGAUUAUCAGACUCUUCUAGUGAUAGUUCGUGAAUAAAGCUUAAAUAUAUGGCUAAAUAUAUUGGUCAUUAUGCAACUGGAACAUUUAUCUGUUAUGUUCCAGAUUUAAUAUGCGUUUUGUCAUAAAAGAAAUGUGAAAGCUCCACAGUGAGUGAGAUGAUUCAUUAGUGUUCAUAAACAUUUUCUGUUACAUUUCUAUGGAAGAAAAAAAUGGAGCUGUAUCCCAUAACAAUGAUAAAACAUCUCAUAAUUCUGAGAUCCUCAUCUCAGAAACAUGACAUCCAGCGAAGAUGGGUUUCUCAUGGUUAUGAGAUACUGAGCCAUAUUAACAAGGUAAGGUUUGUUCCUUUUGAUGAAUGCAAUGCACUAAUGUAAGUUUCACCAUGGAGGCUCACUUGCAGAUUCUGUAAAGACUAACUUUAUGGUUAUGUUAUAUAAUGGCUUUUGAGUCUGCCAGCAAUAACAACUGAUUAUUUAUAAUAAAUGUUUA